AGUGUCGUUGCCGUUGCGAAAGGUGGAACGGUGGUGUUGUCAUGUGCAUCGCGGUGAAGCGCGCAUCCUGAAAGACGCUUUAACGUUUUUUAAACGGGCCGAAAUUUCGAAUAUAUAUAUAUAUGCAUAUAUAUAUAUAUAUAUAUACAUAUAUAUAUCCUUGAGCGUCGAUCCUUCACGACCACCUUCUUUCUCUCUCAGUCAGUUUCCGGUGCUCCUGCGGGAUCGAGAACGACACGAGACAACCAUAUCUGAAACGUGGUUCCCUAUUCAAGGUGAAACACACGGCGCGCACAAAACUCUCUUCUCCUCCUUCCCUCGUGAACGCGCGAAUAUAUCCACGUACAUAUAUAGUCGUGGUGGUUUAGUAAAUUACGUCGGUGAGUGUGAGGUGAAGCUAACGGAAGAAGAAAAAGAAACGGACACGUGAACAGAGACAUCAAGGAAUAAAAUAUACCGAUAAGAUGCCGUGCUCCGCGGUGACGCUCUCCCUCGCCACCAUAACCGGUAUCAUCGCCACUGCUCUGCUGGCGAUCGCCUUUUCCACGGACAACUGGCUCUAUACCGAGGUCAAGCGCGCUCAGAUCCAGCAAUAUGCGAGCAAGCAUACCGAGCAGAUCCAUUUGGUGGAGCAGAUGAACACGAAAUAUUAUUACUACACAAGAACUCAGGGUCUGUUCAGGAUAUGUUAUCCCAAAGAGAGACCACCGACAGUCGAAACUUACUUAAGUCCUGUAGAAACACACUGUAUGAACAUCGAUUAUUUCAUUCCUGAUGAAGAAAACGAAACAAGAAGCUUUUCUGACGACGCGAUGGCACGACUACACAUGGGAAGAUCCGUGAUAGCUCUAUUCAUGGUCGGUUUUCUUGCGAUAUUUUCGGCGUUCUGGACAGGAGUGGUAGGCUGCUGGAGAAGAUCGCCAGGAAAUAUCACUGCUACGGCAAUUUUGAUGCUGUUUGCCUGUUUGCUAAGUGCUGGCGCUAUGGGCCUGUGGCACGGUGUCGAGUACUACGAGAAAGAGAAAAUCGUCGGGGAAGAAUAUUACCAGCAAUGGAGUAAUGUUUUAAGGGACAACGCGGCGCAGUGGUACGACUGGUCGUUUUACCUGGCCUGGUUGGGGGUGGCCACAUGUCUGGGCACGAUGACGCUAUUCCUGAUCGCGGCAUCCUGCCUGAGACGGGAGCGUGCCCGCGAGCAGGCCCAGAACGUUCAGUACAUCAUGCCAGUGUACCCGCAGAAGCAACAGUACGCGUACGCCGGAUAUCCAGCACCAGCCGCGUAUCCGGGACCUUAUUAUCAUGGCUCUCAGUACGGACCGUAUAACUACUGAAGAAUCACGGCUUAUCGGAAGAACAGAAAAUAUUCCGAGCACGCUCAUGUUCGUCACUAAAUCUACAUCAAAAAUUCAUCGUCUCGUUCACCUCAGUAGGACGAGGACUCGCACAAAACCAUUCGACGCAAAAUACGAGAGAGACUCGCCGAGAGAUCGAUCCGUGAUCGCGUUUCAUCCGACGGAAGAACGCAUUUGAUCUGACUGCGAUCAGAAUUCGAUGAAGUGAUCGCGAGAAAAUUCAAUUUUUCAAGUGCAAUUAAUCCGUAAUUUAAAAUAUGUGUAUUUUGGAAUACCGUGUGUUUGAGAUUCCACGAUUCCAAAAAAACAAAGCAAGCUCUCUUUUUCUCACGAUAGAUCGUUCAGUUCCAUUCGACCGGAAAACGCCCGAGCGACGUGCGUGUCUAAAGGACACAGUUUAGAAAAUGUCUGGAGAAAGUGUGAAAAAAAAAAAAAUAAAAAAAAAUCAGAAAGUUUUCUUUAAACAUUUUUAUUGUGUUCUUUGGACACUUGCACCGUUUAGGAAGAUUCUCCGACUUUACGCGAGACGGUUGCUCAACAAACAAUUUGCGCGUAUAGUUGUAUUUUAAGAGCGAGAUCAUUUUUGUACUUUUCCAAGUUUUGUUAAGUAAGAUGCACUCAUCAUUCUUACGCACACUUUUCUCGUACGUGUGAUAAUAAUUAAAGCACGCACGAUGGCACAUACGUACCCACGUUGUUCCCAUUCGGACUUCGAUGAUCAAUUUUUCACCGAGCUUUCUCGAACUCUCGAUAACGAUAAAGUUAAUGACCGAUGAUUAAUUCAUCACGGUGCUGUAAAAAAGUGUCUACCACAGACCACCAUAGAAAAUAUAUUCAAGUAGUCGUCGCGGAUAUUUAAUAGACGUUACAUCCGCGCCUGUCUCGAGGAACCUCGAUAAAAACGAUCGCGCGAGUCCUUUCUAAAUGUGAUCGACUAACGUCGAUCGAGUCCACAUCUGCGAAGCUUGGCUCGCAUUGAUGUCGCGUUUAUCUCUUUAUUUAUUUCACGCGAUCAAAAGCUCAAGUUUCUCUUCUUUCGAGAAAGAAUGGCCAUCGUCGAGUCGCGCGAGCAAAACGGAAGAAAGCGACGCGAAUAUGGCAUCAUUAUGCUCGUGAACGUUGUCGCUCUUUGGUGGUACUACGUGUAUUAAAUAUAAAACAUUAUAUAUUCGACCAAAACAAGAACACAAAACGAAAAUAAAUCGUGAUUUUUCAUUAAUAUAUAUUUAUUUUACAUGAAUUUAGUUUUAAUCUUUACGAGUUGAUAAGAAACGAAUAGAGAGAUCUCAUUU